UAGGAAAAUUAACUGGAUUACAAAUGCAAGAGCAGGUGUUUUGUUCAAACUUCUCUGGAAAUUGUGUCACACUGGCUGGGUGCAUAAAAAGGAGUUGCAGAGGACAUGGGGCUCACAGUCUUGCUUAUUUUACCUCAAAGGAGAGAUUCUUUGAAUCUAAAAGAGAGGAAAACACAGCAGAGGGACAAAGCUUUGCCUCACUUUAGAGAUUCAGCAGGACUUACUUCUACCAUUCGAGACAAAGAUGAUGACUUCUGCAGUCCAGUGCAUCAUUAUCCUGGCAUGCACUGCCAUCCUAACUUCAGCAGCAGGAUCUAUUAAAACAUGCCGCUGCUUAAACCCAGGCACGGGUGUACGUGUACCUUUCGCUAACAUUGUGAGCGCAGCAGAGUAUCUUCCUCGUCCAUACUGCAACAAGAAAGAAGUCAUCAUCACACUGACAAAUGGCCCCUCAAAGUGUCUCGACCCAGCUGAAAGAUUCACCAAUGCAGUCCUAAGAAGGUUAAAGGCACGUGAUGCUGUGAAAAACACCCUUGCAUCGAAAGCAACCACAGUGCCAGAGACGAUGUCAAAGACAGCGACAAUAGCGCCAACGUCAUCGUAAUGAAAGCUGCAUGCAAUGGUCAUUGUAACAAUUAAAAUCAAGUAUCAGUUUGUAAGAGAAAGAAAAGAAGCACACCGUCCACAAGUAAGAUGCUACUGGACAUAACCGAGCGUAUGCACAUAUAGGAGGCAGUUAGUGAAGUCUGUUACCCAGAGUAUUCAUCACCAUAAACAGGGAGCAUGUCAGAGGUGUCUGUGUGGCGGGAUCGGAAGCUGUGCUCCCAGUUUGUAGCUUAUAUACGACGAUGACCUCAGUGUAAUUCAGCUAGAAAUACUGCCUGAAUCUAGGGUUAAUGAGGAGCUGUAUUUGUAUGUCUCUGCUGUGAAUAUACUGUCCACACUACUGUCUUCUUAUCUACUUUGUGCACUUCCACCUUUAAAGCUUUGUGUAAUAGCAUCAUUGUAGCAAUAAUAAUAAUAAUAAUAAUAAUAAUAUCUUCUAAUGUAUUUGUAUUAUGUCUAUAAUAAUGUCUGUUAACAUUUUGAUGGAAUGUAUCAUAUAUGUGAACUUGUGGUGGAUGUUUUACCACCAUUGGAAAUGUGAAGGAUGUGACUAGCAUACUGUACUAAUAAUAAGUCUUGCAAAGAUGAAAUGAAUCUGGAGACUGUGAAAUUGUGACUUCCGGCCAUUUGAUUAUAAAUAAACAAGCAGCCAGAUAAGUGGCUUCUAGUGA